AUGCAAAGGGUGUGGGAUAUCAUCGAAAAGCUUGAACGGGCUUACGCGCUUCCGGCGGCUGCAGACGGUGAAGAGCUGAGCUUGGCAGGGUUCACCGUCGACGAAAUUAAGUCCGUGGAACGCGAGCUUGUGUCGGCUUAUCGCCAUAACCUCGUCGUAAUCUCCAACGACGUGCGGAAUCGGCCUUUUGACGUUGUGUCCUCCAAGGAAGUUAGGGUCGAGGAGGGAGAAAUCCUGAAGAUCCAGAACGAAUGCCAGGAGGGUGCUUUCUGCCUUGGCAUCUAUUCCGAGUUGGCCAUGACAGGUUCGGAUUACUUCGCACAGGAUGCCACCUUGAUACCUGGCGAGCUGCUCAAAGAGGUUGAGGAGCAUACGGGGGUUAGGAUUGCUGAUAGCAUCGCGUCCACGUUUACCAACUAG